CAUCAAGUUUACCUUUUACCGAAUGGUCUGAUCAAGAAAUUAAUCUCGAAAAGUGGGAUGUGCCAAAAUCGAAGGAAAAGCCCAAACCGAAUUCACUACUAGAGGAAACUGCCCAAUUCGUCGAUCCACAUGUUAUUCAUAUGCCCAAGAGUCUUCCAUGUGCACAGUGGUGCAGACCAAAUCACUUUUUCCCAAACGCACGGAUUACAAUGUGUAAAGAAUCAAACUGCCCAGAUUUGAUCAACGGAAAUAAGCAUUUACUGCACAGUGAGUUCACGAGAAGUUUCAUUUCUGCGGUUGGUGUUCUCAACUAUCUUGGAUUGCAUCGUCCAUCGCAUAUUGAAUAUGUGACGCCAACCUACCAACCGACUACCGAUGGAAUUCCAUGGAAACCAUGGCACCAUAUUUACUCCAUGUGUAAGGCUGGCAAAGGACAAAAGCACAAUCCACAAGUAAACCAACUGGGAAAAUACAUCGUGCGAUUAUUCUGGAUGGGAUGCUGGAGGAAAAUCACGGUUGACGAUAUGCUACCGAUUAAUCAUUCUCAAGAAUUACUUUUUCCGGCACUUCACGAGUGCGAUUCACCAAAUACUGAAAUUCAGAUAUGGCCAUUUAUACUAUGCAAAGCUCUCCUCAAGUUAGCUAACUUAUCUCAAAUUCAAACUGAAGAUGACGAAUUGUUAGAUUUUGACAUUGUUCACUGUUUAACUGGGUGGUUUCCAUACAAAAUAAAUGUAUCAGGUAUGAAUAUGGAUGAGGUUUGGGAUAUGUGCGCAGCAUACACCGAUCAUUUCUCUUGGUCAGAUAAAUCAGAUUCUAAAAGCACCAAGUCUGCACCCAGUGUAUCCGAGGGUGAUAGUAGAUGCUCUUCGUAUCACGUUCUGGGAGUAUGUUCGGACAUGAGGGAUGUCGACGAAGAUGCAGUUCCUGAUCUAUCUCCCUGUUGGAGUCACCAAUUUCUCAUAGAUCAGACAAGAGACAUACCGCUAAUACAACCUGAGCCGCUGCCAGAUCUUGAACGAUGGAAACGAUUUCGUUGGUUAGCUUGGGCUAUCAGCAAGGGAUUGUGGCCUGCACCUCAGCUGGAACCAAUUAAAUGUGUGAAACUUGUGACCGAUUUCAGGAAAUGCACGGGUGGUUUACGUACCCAUAGUAAGAGAAGCCUUGAUAUAAAAGAGAGCGUUGCUGUAAUAGAGGAUAUUAUGAAGACGGGGAAAUCAAAAGGAUGCAAUUAUUCUACAUCGGGCGAGCAAACGGAUGGAUGUGCCUGGAUAGAUUUCAACAAAUUGGCUCCACAGUUAAGCCAGUUGUCAGUGUAUUUCAAAUUGUCCGGCUUUAAAAACAUUACUAAAAUAUCGGAUGUCUUAUUUAAAGAUUCCGAUAAGGCCAAGGUUGAUAAGGGUAAAAAAAGCAAAGAAGCAGAAGGAAACAGUGUAAAAUUCAUACCUUGGACGUCCGCAAUAAGUUUAUCUAGAAACGAAUCACUCUACUUAUUUUGCGACGAUUUAGAUUCCAAAUUUCUUGUCGUAAAUAUUGCGCAAGUUGGAAAUUUAGGGGCUUUAUUCCGCACUAGUGAUACUUCCGACGGUGGCAGUGAAAACAUGGAUAUUGCCUUUAACCCAUUUGCUUAUCUUACUAUAGAGGAUUACAAAUGGCAAACUGAGAAGGCAGGGGAUAUAUUGGUGUCCGUCAAUACCUUUGGAACGAGGUCUUCAAUCGCCAGUAUCUCUCCUGGUCGUCGAGUUUUUCGAAUGUGGGUAAAAAGCGACACUUCAUUCAUUAUUCAUCUACUGUCAGAUUCUGAAAUAGUUUGUGGCUCUUUGGAAUCUGUAUUGGAGUACAUGAGUCACGAAACUAAAAGAAUCCUACAAUUGAGUGACCAAAUUUCCAGUAGCUACGGUCAAAUGGUUCAAGAAUUUGGUAGACCCGAGUUCGGAACUAAGCUACGUUCGUUUUACAAAUCGUACGCUCCACAGUGUCUGUUGCCGAAGACGGUUUUGAUUACUGUUCAUGAAUGUUUUAUGGAAACAUUCCUGAAGAUGGUACAGGAUCGUUCACCAAAAUCUGAAAUUGAAGAUCGACUCUUUGCGUUGAAGGUAUUGUUUUUAAAUCCUAAUAUACGCUGUGAGCAUCAACACAAGUAUAAUUUCCCACGUGAAGGCGACGAAAUCAGUAACACUGAAGAUAUUGCAUUAGAAAAAUUGAAAAACACAUCGGCGAUGAAAAUACAAGCAUUUUUCAGACAAAAAAUGAUUUCAAAUCUUAAACGCAUACAUAAUGAAUCACAUAGGGAGUAUCGAAAGGUAUUCGACUGCUUAAAAAGAAUAUACGCGGACAUUUUCAAUGUUAGCAACAGAAUGAUUCACUGUUGCGAUUUAAUUCGGAAAUUCCUGCUUGGUAAUGGAAAGAUGAGCAAUAUGCACCAGUAUUACAGUAUUAUUCAAGAUUUAAAUUGUACUACACAUUUACAACAAUUUAUGGGAUCAGUCAGAGUUUCCAGAAGCUCGUGGGUAGCAAUUGUGCGUCAGGUUUUCCACUGCAUUCGAUUAAAGGAAGCUAUUGUCAAAAUUAACCUCUUCUGUGAUCUUCGCAAGUAUGUGGUACGGGUCUUUGACAAUGACAACAAUAAAGAGAUUGUGAGGCACUUUAACAAUGUUCUAGUAAACGAAUACUGCCCAAAUGUGAAUGGGUACACAGUAUUGUGUUACGGAUGGUCGGAAGAUGAGAGCGAAUGCAAAUGGAAACUUGAUUUUAGCACACUUAGGAUGAGUAGUGAUUACUCUCUUCUAAUUCCUAACGCCGUUUUGUACAAUUUUGUUUUAAAGCACAAUUAUCUUCCCAACGUGAAUGACUAUAUGUGUAGAAGUAUCAUAAACAUCAAUCACGAUGUUUCCGUUACGCUAAGGUUAUCCGCAAACCUCGACAAUGUGAUCGUUCGCUUUCGAUGUUUAAAUGAAUUAGGACAGAUAUUUGGGGAAAUUGUUGGAAAUCAAAGCGUUAUUUUACCUAACGUAAUGUUAAAGUACGUUCCAGUUAUUGAAACCGAGGACGUAAGUGUUUCCCCUAAAAUAUCUCGGUCUAAAAGUAGUGCAACUAUUAUGCACUCAAAAGGGUCCAGAAGAAGUGUUCGAAGUAUAGAUAAACUAAGUGAAAGUAAACGAACCUCUAAAGAAUCUCGUAAGUCGCAGGAAUCUCCAAAAGAAGUGAGGUACAAAGAUACAACUUACUUGGUCGAAGGAUUUGUCAUUGGCAAUUCUUGGCCCUUAACGAGAACCGAAUGGGAAGUUGUAGAGGAAAUUAAAUCAAAACGAUCAAUUGAAUCAUUGUACGCGCGCGUUAGUAAAUCGAGUAGCGUUAAUACCCUCAAAAAGAUAAGAUCACAUUCGGCCGGAUCAUUAAGUAGCGCAGAUAAAAAGACAAGUUCCACUUUGCUUCCUAUAUCACCGUUUUGGACAUUAGAGGUUAUAUCUACAAUCAGUGAUAUGGUGACAGCCCAAAUCGACAAUAGGAGAGAAAAUGAAAUGAUUGAGAUAAAAAAGAAAUGGUACGGAGAUGAUCCAAAACAUUACUUCAAAUCAAAACUCUUAAGAGAUGAAUACCUACAAUCGCAUUACCUGCCUUUCCAAAGAUCCCAAACAUCUGAGGACCAUUUGGAUAGCACUGUCGAAGAACGCUAUUCCUCCACCAUGUCUUCGGAAAAACUUAAGUCCACUGACCGCGUUAUCGAAGCUUCCAAUCUGUCUGUCGCUUCAGAAACCCGCACCAACGAGAAACCAGUGCCACCUGACAAAGUCCUCCCUCCUUUGCAUUUACUCGACUAUAUGAAAGGAGAGGGAGAUAAAGUACUGAGCCACGUAAAAUGCGACGAGGAAGAUCAAGCUGAAAGAUUGAACAGGUUACAAAGUAUAUCUGAUUUUGGAGAUGCUCAUGAGCGGUUUAAGUACGAUUUGUGUAACUUUUUGAAUGAGGAGUUGGGGAGGUACAAACUUUUGCAGCAGUUUUAUGCAGGUUGUAGAAAUCAAUCGAAGGAAUUGAUGUAUACAGCGUACGGUAUGAGAGAUAAAGUAGUCGAUGAUAUUAUGAAGAACUACUUUGGUCAACAGCCUAGUGUUCUGCAGGAACCGAAAAAAAGAAAAUAA